AUGUCCAAACCACCCACAGACACUACGGGUCUGGGCUACUCAUACCACUUGCCCUCGGGUGGUUUACUUUUACGACUCAAGAAUUCCCUCUCACAAUUUAGCGAUCUAUUCAGUGAGUUCAAUAGAUAUAUUGCACCGGCCUACCAUCAUGACCGAUGCGAACGUUCGGUGCAUAUGCGUCUUUAUUCGAUGCAAAAACGUGAAUUCGUCAUGGUCUUUCUCGGAUUUCUCAUCUGUUUCGGUUUGGCCAUUGUAAUUGGCCUCACCGGACCACCCAUUACUAGUACAUCGGAGAUCACCGCCAAAAGUAUACUGGCGAACACAUCGUUGGCUAAUAGUAAAACGGUGUUGGCAACAGGGCCGUUUGCGAUGAAAUCACCACUAAUGACCACGUACUCCCAGCAACUGUGGCUGAUUGCCAAAUUGGUGACGGACAACAAUGAUGACGAAAAAUACGAUAAGAGUUUCCAGGUGAGCGUGGCCAUUGAUGGAAUUACGGAACAACACAAACCUUUGAGCAUACUCCGCGCCGAUUCGGUUCGCAAUCGUACUCGACACUUGUCCUGCGUGCUAAACGAUUGUGAAGAAUUUACGAUACUGCAUUUGGGUUUUCUUGAAUAUGCACAUUAUAUAAUCACUGUGCGCUUCUAUGGAUUGGAGACCUUCCACCAGAAGUAUAAUAUACGCAGCAUAACAUUUUAUUUCAAAACUUAUAGUCCCGAGUUUACACAAAUCGAGAUAUGGUUCCGCUUUAUAUUUCUAUUAUUUACGUUCAUUGUAAUUUGCUGGUAUGCUCACACACUCCGCAAAUAUCCCAUCUAUGAUUGGUCUAUCGAACAGAAAUGGAUGUCCAUACUCCUGCCGCUUCUCUUGUUGUAUGACAAUCCCUUCUUUCCAUCAAUUUUCCUAAUGAACUCGUGGUUCCCUGGCAUGUUGGAUGCAAUUCUUCAAGCCACAUUUCUGUGUUCGCUCCUCAUGUUCUGGCUUUGUAUAUAUCAUGGCUUGCGGCAGAAUGAAAGGCGUUUCGUACGAUUCUACUUGCCAAAAAUUAUUGUUAUACUACCAAUUUGGCUGUGCGCCAUAGUAUUGGCCACUUGGGAGAAAUGCAACGAGCUACGCGAUCCCACCUAUAGCCACUUUGUGGACACACGAAAUUAUAAUGGCUUCAAGUUGUUCUUUUUCAUAGCUGGCUGUAUGUAUAUACUGUAUUUGGCCUUAUUAGUAUUACGCGCCUAUACUGAGCUCAGGUCGAUGCCUUAUUUUGAUAUGCGCCUGAAAUUCUUAACGCUUCUGAUGUUAUUUGUUAUCUCCAUUACCAUAACGGUAACAACAUGUCGCUUUGGCUUCGGUAUAUUGGAGGAUAAUUUUGUGGCCACACUUAAUACCACCUAUCAUAGUUCGGCGCAGUUCAUGUGCUUUUACGGGCUGUUGAAUUUUUACCUAUACACCAUGGCUUAUGUGUAUUCCCCUAAUGGUCGCUUUUCACAAGAAAUAUCUGUAACUAAGGAUAAUCCUGCAUUUUCGAUGAUAAAUGAUUCGGAUGAGGAGGUUGUAUACGGCUCGGAGGAUGAGUCACGACGUCCUCUCACUGUGGGCAACAAAAAUGAUUAUGAUAGUGAUUAA